CCCGGCGACCCCACCCGUCAGGCCCUCCUCCUACCUUCGGCUUCCCAGGCCGAAGCCGCCAUGGCCGGCGGUUGCCGCCCACGUCCUGCCAAAUCCGGCGCCCUCCCGCUCGCGCCCUCGCGCCCAAACCGAGUAAAAUCGGUUCCCCACCACCUCCUCCACCUCUUCCCCCACUUUUCCCCAAUUUUCGGCGCCGUUUCAUGCCCCAUCUUCCCACGAUGCCUCCCCACUUUGCCGGCCGUUCCCGCCUCUCCCGGCCACGAUCUCCAUCCCCGAGCCCAAUAUAAAGCACCCUCGUGCUCUCCUAUUCCGUUUCCCCCUCCUCCCCGAGCUUCCCCGUGCCCGAAACCACAUCCUCCCCGGAGCCCACGCGCCGCCGCUCCCCGCCGAACUCCAGCCACGCUGCGCCACCGCUCCCGUUCACCCCGCACUGCGCCGUCACCCUCCCCGACACCGCAGCCGCCGUGCGCGCCCCGUCCACCGCUCCAUUUCCCCUCUCCACCUUCGAAGCGCCGCAGCCACGCGCACCACCUCUCUCCGCCGCCGCCACCGGCUCCAGCCGCCGCUUCUCGCCGCUUCAGCCACCGCCGUGCCGUGCCGUCGCCACCGUCGGCAUCGCCGCGCCGAGCUCCACCCCGUCCUACACCUCUUUUCCCCAAUCUCGCACCGAAAUUCCACCUCCACUGUCCACCCGAGCCGCCUCAACUAUACCGCCUCCAGCCGCCACCUCUCGCCGCUCUAGCCGUCGCCGCGCAGCGUUGCCGCGCUCCACCGCACCCUAGCUGCCGCUCCACUCCGUCCAGAACCCCACGGGAGCCGCUUUUCCAAAGUCAAGGUCUUGUCGGCCCUCGGCCGUGGCUUCGUUGUGGUCGGGCGUCGUCGGAACGCCGUUCCCGCCGCCUCCCGCGCCAGCCACCGCCAUCCUUUCCGCCGCCGGUCGCCUCCCUAUGGUUGUCUCGCCGCCGCAGCCCUCGCGUGUAGUUCCCGUCGUUUCGGAAGAUCGCUUUUGACGAGGAUCAGAGUUCGGAAGGUUGUUGUGAAGAAGCAAGGCAAGUCACACAUUCCUCUUGAGCAUUUUGAUCCUAAUUUACAAAUGUUUU